GUGACGUAAGCGCGGCGGAGGGGCGCGAGGUUUCAAGAUGGCGGUGCCUGGAUGGUUGACCGAGAGGCAGAGGUGAAGGCGUCCCUACCCCCACCGCGGAGGAAAGAGGCCGGUAGCCUCGCGCUCGCCGUCCCCGGGAGCCCAGCGGUCCGUGAAUUUUUUUUUAAAGAAUAAGUAAACCACACAGACUGUCACCAUGGGACGAAGAUCAACAUCAUCCACCAAGAGUGGAAAAUUCAUGAACCCCACAGACCAAGCUCGGAAGGAAGCUCGGAAGAGAGAAUUGAAGAAGAACAAAAAACAACGCAUGAUGGUACGAGCUGCAGUUUUGAAGAUGAAGGAUCCCAAGCAGAUUAUCCGGGACAUGGAGAAGCUGGACGAGAUGGAGUUUAACCCUGUGCAGCAGCCACAACUAAACGAGAAAGUACUGAAAGACAAGCGUAAAAAGUUGCGUGAAACCUUCGAGCGCAUUCUGCGGCUUUAUGAAAAAGAAAACCCAGAUGUUUACAAAGAGCUGCGGAAGCUGGAAGUGGAGUAUGAGCAGAAGAGGGCGCAGCUCAGCCAGUACUUCGAUGCUGUCAAGAAUGCUCAGCAUGUGGAAGUGGAGAGUAUUCCUUUGCCAGAUAUGCCGCAUGCUCCUUCCAACAUCUUGAUCCAGGACAUUCCACUUCCUGGCGCCCAGCCACCCUCCAUCUUAAAGAAGACCUCCGCAUAUGGACCUCCAUCUCGAGCAGUUUCUAUCCUUCCUCUUCUCGGACAUGGUGUUCCACGUUUGCCCCCUGGCAGAAAGCCCCCUGGCCCUCCACCUGGGCCCCCGCCGCCCCAGGUCCUGCAGAUGUAUGGCCGCAAAGUGGGCUUUGCCCUAGACCUUCCCCCUCGCCGGCGCGAUGAAGACGCGUUGUAUAGUCCUGAGCUUGCUCAGCGGGGCCAUGAUGACGAUGUCUCCAGCACCAGUGACGAUGACGGCUACCCUGAGGACAUGGAUCACGAUAAGCGUGACGACAGCACGGACGACAGCGACACGGACAGGUCCGAAGGAGAAAGUGACGGGGACGACUUCGCGCACCGCGACGACAGUGAGCGAGACAACCCUGAGGAGAAGAAGGGUCUGAGCGUGCGCUUUGCCGACGUGCCUGCGAAGUGCAGGAAGAAGAAGAACAUGAAGGAGCUGACUCCUCUGCAAGCCGUGAUGCUUCGAAUGGCAGGUCAGGAAAUCCCGGAGGAGGGCCGGGAAGUAGAGGAAUUCUCGGAGGAUGAUGACGACGAUGACUCUGAUGACUCUGAGGCGGAAAAGCAGUCAGAGAAGCCGCACAAAGACGACGCCCACGCGGAGGGCACCGCCUCCGCCGCGGCCCAGCAGCAGGCUCCUCCGCAGUCGGCUCCUCCUCCUCAGAUCCAAGCACCUCCCAUGCCAGGACCACCUCCUCUCGGGCCGCCCCCUGCUCCUCCUCUGCGGCCUCCUGGACCACCUACGGGCCUUCCUCCUGGGCCGCCUCCAGGGGCUCCUCCUUUCCUGAGACCACCUGGAAUGCCAGGAAUCCGAGGGCCCUUGCCAAGACUUUUACCUCCAGGACCCCCACCAGGCCGACCUCCUGGCCCUCCCCCAGGUCCUCCCCCAGGCCUGCCUCCCGGCCCUCCUCCUCGAGGACCCCCACCAAGGCUGCCUCCCCCUGCACCUCCCGGUAUCCCUCCACCGCGCCCUGGCAUGAUGCGCCCGCCCUUGGUACCUCCACUCGGACCUGCCCCGCCUGGGCUUUUCCCACCAGCUCCCUUGCCAAACCCAGGGGUGUUGAGUGCCCCCCCCAACUUGAUUCAGCGACCCAAGGCGGAUGACACGAGCGCAGCCACCAUUGAGAAGAAAGCCACAGCCACCAUCAGUGCCAAGCCGCAGAUCACUAAUCCCAAGGCAGAGAUUACCCGGUUUGUGCCCACUGCACUGAGGGUACGUCGGGAGAAUAAAGGGGCCACUGCUGUUCCCCAAAGAAAGUCAGAGGAAGAUUCUGCUGUGCCUCUGGCUAAAGCAGCCCCCAAAUCUGGGCCCUCUGUUCCUGUCUCAGUACCAACCAAGGACGAUGUCUAUGAAGCGUUCAUGAAAGAGAUGGAGGGGCUGCUGUGAGGGACUGUCACUCACCUGAGCGAGCUGCUCCCUGUCCGGUGUUGUGUAACUUCAGUGUGAGGAAUCUCCUACAGGUUUGCCCUGGCUUGGAACUUGCUGCACACAGCAGGGUGCCAUCCAGGGUAGGUUGGUUAUUGAAGCUCUUUGUGAGCACCUGUUCCCUUUGACACCAUUUCAUCCAGUUGCUUCCCCUUCACUUCCUUGGAAGUUUGUGAUCAGGGGAAUCUUAGUUACUUAUUUGUUUUGACUCAUGUGCUGUCGGCACUGGAGUAGAGAUUUCUGGAAAGAAGUUUAUUUCAUCUGACUGCGUUUGGGUUAUUUUUAAUAUUUUCCUGUAAAUAUUUUGUAAUAUUUUACUUGUAGUGAAAUGGAUUGCAAUGUCAUUUCCUAAUACAAAGCAGGAUGUGUGGGAAAAAAAAUUAUUUCCCACUGACCUAAACUUUGUGCUUCAUGGGAUAAAAUAAUAAAUGUUCUCUCCCAAGA